AGGAGCCUAAUAGUUCCUCAGGAAGCGAAGCAAGCCCAGAAAUAUCCCCCCCUCCUAAGAAGCCAAAAUAUAGCCAGAAGGAAAGGGCGGCCAUCUCCCAGGCUGCGUGGCAGAGGAGGAAGGAGCAACAAGCACGGAGGAGGCAGCAGGAGCAGGAAAAAGAGAAGAAAAGGGCCCUGGCCAAGAUGCUGAAAGCUCGGCGACCAGGGGAGUGCCAGAAAUACAUGAGAGUGGUGUUAGAUCCAGUUCUUUUACAGACAGAAGGUGGUGAACAGAUCCUUAGUGCUUUGCAGGCUGCAAAUUAUUCCUGUGUUGUUGAGAAUCAAGCUGUUCCCUGCAGCAUCACCUGGCAGAGAAAGACUGUGCUUAGUGCUUUGCAGAUAGAAGAUGAAGACGAAUGGACAGAAGAACCAAAUGUCCUGGUUCUGCUUCGCUUGGAGGAGUUUUUGUCCAUGGUUUACAACUACAAACAAGAGGUCGAGGGCUGUACAGAAGGACCGAAGGAGACCCUCCAGAGCUACGUAGCUCAUGUGAUGGACAAAAUGCCUGGGAAAAUUCUGGCACUGGCAGUAGCUGGAGUAGAAAAUUAUUUCAGAUCUCUCAGGACUCAGUCACAAAAGAGAUGUCAACAGGCAGCCGUGAGUGGAAAACAAGAGGGAAAACAGAGAAAAAGGAAAAUUAAGGAUUCUGGCCUGGAGAUAACGAGGCUGGACGUGGAAGAAGCCUUGGUGGAUCUGCAGUUGUCCAAAGAAGUCCAAGUCAGCUUUUUUGAGAGCUGGGAGGAACUUGGAGAGUUUGCCACUAUGUUUGCAAAAGCUGUAGCUGAAGCACCAUUCAAGCGAGAGCGAGAGAACACAGGGUUCUCUUUCUACUUAGAGAAGGAGUGUUACGGAGGGGUGAAGGUGUGUCAUACUGGAAAGGGUCUCCGGGAAGUUUGGAAGAGGCAGAUGCAACAAUUCAACCGGGUCAGCCCCGAGAUGGCUGAGGCUAUUGUGUCUGCAUACCCUUCUCCUCAGCUUCUGAUUCAGGCCUAUAACAGAUGCUCCUCAGACCAGGAGCGGGAAAACAUGCUGGCUGAUAUUCCUGUGCACCGCGGCGACGGCGUGACAGCCACCACCCGGCGGAUUGGACCAGAACUCUCCCGACGCGUGCACCUACAGAUGACUUCCCAGGAUCCUGAUCUCUAUUUGGAUUUCACUGGGUAG